AUGACCAGUGGUCUAUCGAGGGUAGCUAUUCGCCGUUAUGCGGGCAGUACAGAUAGUCGUGCUCUUGAAGUAGCUCUUGUUAGCUCUUCCAUCCUUAUAUGGGUGCCUUACUCAAUCGCUGCCGUCUAUACAGCAUACUGCAAUUCUUUUAUUGCCGAUACUGAAGGUAGCAGACGUUUACUGACUCGCAGUGACAACCUGAAGCUUAGCACGACUAUUCCUAACCAUACAUUUGCAGCAUCAUUUCCGGGUAGCAUUAUUCUUUUAAUUCAAGGAUUUCAACUUGGUGAUACUUGGAACUGGUUCAAGUUCUAUUUCUCUUCAAAAGGAUUCGAUAUUGAGGCCUUUGUACCUGUUGUGAUACAAGUCCUAGCCUUUAGCUUGUUUGCCAUUGUCUGUACAUGGAUUUUAAGCGUCCGUGUUGAAAACGGUGGCGAAUUUUUGUUUGUACUUUCGUGGCUAUUGGGCAUUUUCAGUGAAAAUUUUUGGUUGACAUCUAAUAUUUCAGCAUCUGCUUCCUCGUCUACGACACAUACCUUAUCAUUUAUGCCAACCUCUGCGUCGUCUUCUCAUGCGACAGUAGACCCUGAUUCAAACAUGUUCAUGCACCACCACCGCUAUGCCACAGACCCUGGUUGGAUGUGGCUAGUGGUAUCCAUCACCACUGGCUUCUUCAGCGGAAUUCUGUGUAAGGUCAAGGAUGUUCUUGACGCGAAGGUCAGCCGUGGAGACCAUAUUCAUAGGAUUUUUGAAUACCCAGCUCAUAAAGCAGUUGCAUGUGGGCAUGACAGUAACGAUGAUGCCCAUGAAUCCCAACUGCUAUUUCAGACAAGAAAAAAACAUGUGAUUGGUCUAGGUGAGCGCUUAUACAUGCUUCUUCCCUUCUUUACUGGGCAGUGGUUCGGGUUUAUUCUCAAAAACGGUUGGAGAGGCAUUGUUGUUCAAACCGGCAUCACGGUCCUUACACUGGGCAUGGUUGGAUACUGUAUGGUGAGCUUCAAACUCUUGAAGCAGCAACUUUUAUCAAGAGGUAUCAUAAGACGUCGACGAAGAACGCACAAGGUGGAAAGACAUCCACAUGAAAAGAUUAAGAAGCAAGAUACAAGCUCUCAUGAAGAUUUUGUGUCGGAUGAGCGUGGUAGACACAGCGUGAUUGUAGCCGAGGAGGAGUAUUUCGUUGAUUCUCUUGAUAUAGUUGAGUUCAUUUCAAGACUUUUUACAUCAUCGUUUGGGGUUGUCAUGCUUGUACUAGUUUUUGUAAAUGUAUUUGUAACUUCCCUUGCAAUUCCCUUUUUGAAGGCUCUUUCUUCAUUGAAUGCUCUGGUUAACAGUGUGGGAAUUGUUGUCGAGCUCAUUAUUUACGAAAUGACAUAA